AUGGCGGAUUGGACACCCAACUCGUGGACCACCAAGCCCAUCAAGCAAGAUGUGGUCUACGGAGAUGCACAGGGCGUGAAGGAUGCGCUCGAGAAAUUGCAGAAGCUCCCACCGCUAGUGACAACGCAGGAGAUCAACAAUCUCAAAGCUAGCUUAAAAAAUGUCGCCUUGGGGAAAGCAUUUGUCUUGCAAGGAGGCGACUGUGCCGAGUUGUUCGACUACUGCACCCAGGACAUGAUUGAAGCAAAAGUCAAACUGCUUCUGCAAAUGAGUUUGGUUCUAAUUUGGGGAGCAAACAAGCCUGUCAUUCGUAUUGCUCGAAUUGCUGGUCAAUUCGCCAAGCCACGCUCAAGUCCAACAGAAAUGGUCAAUGGGGUGGAAAUGCCAUCUUUCCGGGGUGACAAUAUCAAUGGCUACGAGGCGGAUAUCGCGUCCCGGCAACCCGAUCCAUCCAGACUUGUGUCUGCGUACUUCCAUUCUGCUGCAACACUAAACUACUUGCGCGCUUCGCUCUCUUCGGGUCUGGCAGACUUACACUCUCCACUAGACUGGGGUCUCGGUCACGUCAUCACCCCUGCAAUCAAAGAGCAAUACAGCAAGACUGUGAACGCCGUCAAGGAUGCCCUACGCUUCAUGCGCACAGUAGGCAUAGACAAAGACCGUGGCAUCGAGACAGCUGAUAUCUUCACAAGCCACGAAGGUCUAUCCCUAGAAUAUGAGCAAACACUCACCCGACUCUUACGCAACCCAAUUGAGCGGAACCCCACAGGCACAGCCACGCAGCAGCCGACAUCCAACUUCUACGCGACAUCUGCCCACUUCCUGUGGAUCGGCGAUCGAACCCGCCAACUGGACGGAGCUCACGUGGAGUUUUUCCGCGGCAUUGCCAACCCUGUCGGUAUCAAGAUCGGGCCCAGCAUGGCAGCAGACGACCUAGUCCGGCUCCUGGACGUAGUGAACCCAACUCGUGAAAUUGGCAAAGUCACUCUGAUCUCGCGUUAUGGCGCGGGAAAGAUCGCUCAGUACCUGCCUGAUCAUAUUGCUGCUGUGCAGGCGUCUGGUCAUUUGCCCGUUUGGCAAUGCGAUCCCAUGCAUGGAAAUACCCAGGCCACGCCGUCGGGUGUUAAGACAAGACACUUUACUGAUAUUCUCGCUGAACUGCGACAGGCGCUUGAGAUUCAUCGUGCGGCUGGGUCCUUCCUUGGUGGCAUGCAUCUUGAGCUGACUGGUGAGGCUGUCACGGAGUGUGUGGGUGGUGCAGCUGGGUUGACAGAGGACGGGCUUGGGGAACGGUACACAACUUUCUGCGAUCCGCGUUUGAACGAGAAGCAGGCACUCGAGCUUGCUUUCCUUGUUGCUGGGUUUUAUCGAGACGAAGAGGAUGACUAG